AUGACAACCAGGCACAUAUUUCAGCGGGAGGCAAAAACAAACAUGGAUGUCAACAAACCGCUCGCCGAAUCUGAAGCAGAAAAGCUCAACUUGCAGGGACUUUCCAAAACAGUCUCUCGUACAGAAAGUGACAGUAUCGCAUCACAUGGAGAAGAAGCAGGCACUUCAUCUGCUUCGUUUAAUAAGCUGCAGCAUGCUGUACAAAAAUGUGUGAAAAGAAUUACUGCACAACGCAGAGUGUUGCCGUCCAUCAAGGAGCACUUUCAAAAGGUUUAUAGGGCAGAUAGUGAAAAUGUGUUAGCAAUCUCUAAGUCGAUGGUGCGGCAGUUGGAAUCAAUGAUUCUGGAAGAUAUUGAAAUGCAGCUGAAUGCAUGCGAUGUUGAAGAGCUUUUGGGUAGCUUGGACAAAAUCAAGACUGAGAAUGUGUCAGUGCAGAGAAAGUGGCGACCUAGCCGCAGCCCUAAUGAAGAUAUGAAGGCACACCUUCAAGAAUCAUCUCAAAAGGAGUUGAAGCAGCUUCAAAAAAUACUUCUCACCUUAGAAUCUCAGAACAAGCACCUGAAUGAGUGUGUUGUCAAAAGUGAUGACAAGCUGCAGGAGUCCGUUAAGUUGGUGGAGAAUCUUUGUUCUGCUUGGGAGGAGGCUGCUUUAGUUUUAUCUGAUGAGACAAGACAAAAAUUCCUGGAUGCAAAUGUUUAUAUGUAA